GCGCUCAUUCCCCGCCCCUGCGCCCUUGCCGCGCUCGCCGCUCCAUACCUGGCAGCACUGGGGCACAUCCUGGCGGAUCGCCUGCCGGAUCGGCGAGGGCUCGCGCUGGAAGGCGCGCUGGCGCUGGGGGAGCUCGCGCUUCAGUCGGCGGUGACCCGCCGACAGGCGGCCGCCCACCGAGAGGCCGUGGAGGACACAGAGGUGCCCGCUCGGGCCAUCGAGUGCGAGGUGUGCCACGAGUGCGAGGUGUGUGUGUGUACCCCUUGCCCCGCACCCGUGAGGUGCGAAGAGUUCUCUGAGCGCUGCACCCCUUGCCCGGCACCUGAGAGGUGCCUUGAGGACGCUGGACCACCCGUCGAGCCGGAGUGCGAGCCAGCGGGGGUGUACUUGUCGGAGCCGGUACUGGGGAACCUCUCGACGCCAGUGUCUUGCAUAUCAUCUUCGGCACGGUGUCCAGCUUCGCGGGUGGCCUCAUCACUGCGUGCGGGUGCCGCACAGAGCCGUGGGAGUAUGGCGAUCGUCGUGCCCACUACGCCUUGGCCCGGGCACAUGUUCGUGGUGUUUUUCGAGGGUGACGCCUGGGGCCAUGAGCGUGUCUUGGUGUGGCCCCUCGCGGCGUCGACCUGGGUGAUCUACACAGCCCAGGGAGAUUUCUAUGUGGAGGACGCCACCCUGUACGAGAAGGUGGUGUCCAUCGAGGGCCCGGGGGAGCGCCCGCCAGGAUUGGGGGCCGUCGACAUCGUGCAGUUCGACCGGCCGAUCCAGCGCAGAGAGUUCUUGGACUUCAUGGCCUCGGCCCAGCUCCACGCUGGGGUGCUCCAGGGCGCGCGCGGGCUGCCCGACUGGCCUGCGCCCGCGCAGUGGGCCACGCCUGAGAGGGGCCCUGGAGCUGGCGACCUGCGGGGGGACGUCAUGGCUGGAGCGCUCAGCAGGGCCGAGGGCGAGCAGCCGCCCGAGGUGACCUGGCGCGUCGCCGAGCCGGGGUUGGCGUUCGGGGAGAUGGGCGCCGCGGCUGCUGGUUUUCGCAGGGCGGCUGCACGGCGUCUGUCGGAGGAGGAGUUCAAGAACCAGCGGCUGGCCCUGUUCUCGCCGCCCACGCCCCGGCGCCCCCCGGAGCCCGCCAUCGCGCUAGAGGCGGGCGCCCGCGAGGCUGAGGCCGCGGGGGCAGGCAGCCCUCUCAACGAGCGCACGCUCGGGGAGCCGCCUCCUGGAGCGGCAGCGACGGCGACCAACAACGAGGCGGCGACGGACGCGCGCGUGCUGGAGGUCGACUGGGACGCGCAGGGAGAGCGGCACAAGGACUGGAAGGAGGUGCGCAGGGAGUCCACCUCGCAUUCCUUCCUGGACUGGCCGCUCGAUGGCGUCAUGAAGCACAUCGACCGCUUUGGGCCAAUGCCGACGGCCUGGCUAGAGGCGCGGGGAAGGAGGAGGCACGUCGCCCCCUCCGACCGCGCCUACCACCAGCUUCGGGUGCUUGCCGAGAGCUUCGAGCAGUCCUGGUGCUACGACCAGGUGAACAUGCCCUGCCUAGCUGGGAUCGAGGUGCUGAUGAGGCGUUUCCAGACACUCCUGGAGGCACACUCGGUGCCGGGCGCGAAGCCGAACUACAGCAUGGCCAGCGCGUACUCCGGCACCGCGAUGCUGGAGGACGCCGCGGCCCCAGACCUGCGCAUCUACGGCGCGAGGAGGCUGAAGGAGAAGGUGCUGGAGGAGAGUGCGCAGCGCGGCGGGCUGGCCGCGCCGCAGGCGGACGGCUACGGCGAGGACGACCCUUGCGCGGCCGGCAAAGGCGGCAAAGGCAGCGGGGACCAGCAAAGGCGGCGGGGGCCGAAGAGCAGGAGGCAAGACCAAGAAAGGCAAGCCUGGGCCUCCAGCGCCCCCGCCGGCGUCAUGAUGGAGGCGAGCGGCGGGGGAAGUGGGCCAGCCCCCGCCGCCUUUACCAGGUCUUGCAUGGGAGUGCAUCGCCGCCUUCCCGCCUUCGACAUCCCGUCCCAGGCGGGAGCUGUCUCUCGCCGGUCCAGACGUCGACGCGGGCUGAGCGCAGAGGAGCUGAGGCGCAAGAACGAGACCUUGGAUGCGCUCCAUUGGCGUCUGGGUUCGCGGACUUCAGGGCCGCCAGGCGCAGCUGCAUUCGAAAAGGAGGCUGUGGCGAACCUCGUCGCCCCUGUCAUCGCGAAGCCUGUGGCAGCGCCUUCCCAGGAAGAAGCCGCUCGCGUGCUUCUCCGAGGCCACCUCAGCUCCGACGCCGAGGAGACCUACACCACCGUCGUGCCCUACGAUUAUGGUUCCGUCUCGCUCCCCGAACACGUCCAUGAUACAGCAGUCGUGACGAAGGUGCCCGACGCUGAUGGCCGCCUGAUCAUCGAGGGUUGGCAGAAGAGCACGACGCGGUCAACCAAUGAGUUUGACAAGCUCAACGAGAGGCUGGGUGAUAUCAAGCUAUUCUAG